AUGGGCGCUCAAAUGGAAGACUACACGGGUCGCCCGCUCUACGCAUCGACAAACGCAGCCUACGACCUUCCUCCGCAGCUUCUAGGCUCAAUAACGCUCAAGCCCGACGUCUAUACACCUGCGACGGCAUUACACCCUCAGUCAGAACUCCCGGGCUCGCGCAGCCCCAAAGGCACCGACGAGGCAGGCCCUGUCGGAUCGCAAUCCUGUUCGCUGUGCGGCCUGGCGUUUACCAAUGUCCUGGAUCAGCGCGGGCACCUGAAAUCCGACCUUCACAGCUACAACCUCAAGCAGAAGCUGCGCGACAGGAAACCCGUCUCGGAGACGGAGUUUGAAAAGCUCGUCGAAGACCUCGACGAGUCGCUGUCAGGCUCCGAUUCCGACGAUGACCAAGACGAAGACGACGACGCGAACGAUACGACGUUGACUGCGCUGCUGAAGCGACAGGCCAGAAUCGCCGAUAAGAACUCUGCAGCCAACGACGAGGACGGCGACGCAAGGGUACACCGGACCGGAAAGACACCUCUGCUCUGGUUUAGCUCGCCGCUGCUUCCCCAAAACCACUUCUUCGGACUAUACCGUGCGCUUUUUACCGACGAGCAACAGAAGGCUGCCGAUUUCGCGCAAGAGUUGCGCAAGAAGCAGCUAGAUCCCGUCACCAUUCCGCACCCUGCCAAGGACGGCACACUGGCCCCAGUCGCAUACAAAGGGCCGCACAUUUUUCUUUGCAUGAUUGGAGGCGGCCACUUCGCCGCCAUGGUCGUCUCCCUAGCGCCGCGCCAGAGCAAACACAACGCACCCAUGAAUCGCGAGGCAACGGUCCUGGCGCACAAGACAUUUCACAGGUACACGACGAGACGGAAGCAGGGUGGUUCGCAAUCGGCCAACGAUAACGCAAAGGGCACAGCGCACUCUGCGGGUUCUACUCUGCGACGAUACAACGAGCAGGCGUUGGUAGAGGAUGUCCGAGAGCUCCUUCAUGACUGGAAGGCCUUGCUAGACACUUCCGAGCUCAUGUUCAUUCGGGCCACUGGCAUCACCAAUAGACGAACUUUGUAUGGACCGCACGAUAAUCAGGUUAUACGACACACCGACCCAAGAAUACGAGGAUUCCCAUUUAACACACGCCGGCCUACGCAAAAGGAACUGAUGCGGUGCUUUAUCGAGCUGACGAGACUCAAGGUCCGCGAGAUCGAUCCGGCCAGCGAAGUCAAGCCUGAAAGGACCACUCCAGUCUCUUCCACGCCGGCAACACCAAAGCCCUCUAAGCCGAAGCUCACAGAAGCGGAGCAAAAUGCUCUACUACACACGUCUCAACUCCAGGCCUUCGUUCGCCGCUCCAAGCUGCCAGCCCUUCUCUCCUACGUGACCAACAACCAGUUGUCGGCCGACUUCGCCUUCCAGCCCGCCGACUCGUACCACCACACGCCCCGGCUGCUGCACCUCGCGGCGUCACAAAACGCGGCGCCCAUGGUGCUCGGUCUGCUAGCGCGCGGCGGGGCCAACCCGCUGCACGCCAACGCCGAGGGCAAAACGCCGUUUGAACUGGCCGGCGACCGGGCCACGCGCGACGCCUUUCGCGUGGCACGCGCCGAGCUCGGCGAGGCCCGUUGGGACUGGGAGGCGGCGCGCGUGCCCGCGGCCAUGAGCAGGGCCGAGGCGGACCAGCGCGGUCGGCGCGAACAGGACGAGGCUGAUGCCAAGGAGGCGGAGCGACGCCGCGCGGAGGAGGAGAGGCUCAAGACGGAGGGGCCCACGGUGCAGGAGCCGAGACGGCACGGCGGCAGGGGACAAGUGCUGGGCGCCGCGGCGGUGCCCAAGACGGCGCAGGAGCGGCGCGAGGAGGAGGCCAGAGGGCUCACGCCCGAGAUGCGGCUACGGCUGGAUCGCGAAAGGAGAGCGCGGGCAGCGGAGCAGCGAAUGAGACAGCUUCAGGGCAAGUAA